AGUGUGCGACGGACUAAAGCCGACCCACGUGGCUGGCUGGCGGAGUGCGAGAGCUGAGGUGGUUUUCGAGAUUGUUUAGCAAGGAUAUAAUUAUUAUUUUCCAUCAUGCGUCCGUUAACAGACGAAGAGACUAAAAUCAUGUUUGAGAAACUCUCUAAAUAUAUUGGGGAGAAUAUCAGACUUCUUAUUGAUCGGCCAGAUGGGACUUACUGUUUCAGACUUCAUAAUGACCGAGUGUAUUAUAUGAGUGAAAAAAUUCUGAAGUUGGCUACAAAUAUCUCCAGAGAUAAACUGGUAUCAGUCGGCACGUGUUUCGGAAAGUUCACAAAAACACUGAAGUUCCGUCUUCACAUCACAGCUCUCGAUUUCCUUGCACCAUAUGCUAAGUUUAAGGUGUGGGUGAAGCCGGGAUCAGAGCAGUCAUUCCUGUAUGGAAACCACGUAAUGAAGUCUGGCCUGGGAAGAAUCACAGAAAACACAUCGCAGUACCAAGGAGUGGUGGUGUAUUCCAUGGCUGAUGUGCCGCUGGGCUUUGGUGUUGCAGCGAAGACCACACAGGAGUGUCGGAAGGUCGACCCCAUGUCCAUAGUGGUUUUCCAUCAGGCUGAUAUCGGCGAGUACAUCAGAAGCGAAGACACUCUCACAUAAGAGGAUGUGACGUCUCCAGCGUUCGUGGACCGCUCGUUACGUUCUGGUGGCUGGAUGUUCUUUUACACAACCUCGACAGACUUUCGCAGCUUUUCCAAACAGGUUUCCGUGUUUGAACCGUACGUGUUGUAUGUGACUAUUUCUGCAUCAAAGAAAUACAAAAAAUUAAAACUUCAUGGUUUUGAAAUAA